CUAAUCUUUCAAUCCGGCUCUUACUUAGUUCCGGUCUAGCUCUGUUAGUUUCCCAAAUCCGGGACUGAGCUUUUUUUCUUUAAGACCCUUUGGUCACCCUGUUGUGUUGGUUUGUUUUCAUUCCUUGAUCGGUCUUUGAAACUCCGGAUCCACGACCAAAAAUGAGUGCCAUGAGACCCGCCGGUUACUCGGACGAUGAUGAAGACGAAUGGGGUGACUCGCACCAAUCCUACUUCGACUCAGACAAGACGCCCAAGCCCUCGACUGACCCGCCCCAUCCUGCCGACUUGGUCGGGUCAAGCGAUGCCAACGAAAUCCGGAGACACAAAGCAAUGGGUCAAGUGCGACAGGAUUUUUAUCAAUACGAAGCCGUCCCUGAUCCGCACGACUCUCGUCAACGGGCUGCGGUUCGGACGAGUUUCAUCGAAGCCAUUCUGAAUGGCAAUCUAGAGCAAAUGGACCGUGAUCUCGCAAGCGGGCUGAUCACGGUGAAUGUGGAGCUAAACACCUUUGAGGGAACCAAUCCGAUUUUCAUGGCUUGUAACACGGCCCAGAAAGAGGUCUUGAAGUAUCUAUUGAGUAAAGACGCGUCUUUGGCUCCGGAUCCUAUGGGUUCCACCCCUGUGAUGGCUUUGGUCAGUGCCGUGGGCUUGACGUCUCAAAUGGAAGAUUUUGAACGCCGGAUCGUGGAUUGCUUGGACAUCCUGAGAAGUUCACGACCGGAUAGCUUGGAUGUCAAUCAGCGCUCGAGUCAGAGAAUGACGGCCUUGAUGUUCGCGGCCAAAGCUGGACGCACCAAGGUCGUGGACAAACUCAUCCAAAUGAAGGCCAAUCUAGACCUGCGAGAUAGUCAGGAAUGGACGGCUCUUUGUUUUGCGGUGGAUGCCGGCCACGGGCACGUGGCGCGGGUUCUUCUCAAUGCGGGUGCAGAUCCGGAUUUUCCCACUCGAGAUGGAAUGCUAGCCGCCGAUUUGGCUUCAGCCCGUGGACAAAACGAUCUUCGCAACAUGAUAUUGAGCUUCUCAGAGCAAAAACCGCUGGUUACGGCCCCCAAACCGAGAACUGUCCCCGAAACAGUAACCCUUCGAAAGUUUUCGGGACUCGACAAUGUGUUAAUGGGACUCAAUCUGUCGGAAUACAUGCAUCUUUUUCAAGAUCACGCCCUGACUUUGGAACAGUUUCUCACGCUUACUGAAGACGAACUCCUCGAAAUUGGAAUCUCUAAAGUUGGAGUUCGCAAACAAAUCAUGGAUUGCAUUUGCGAUCUCCACAAAGCUGAUUGGCAACGGUCGAGUUUGGCCAAAGUCAGCUCGAAAGACAAGCAACGCAAGAUUUUCUUCACAUGCCCAGAUUGUAUCUCUAUGACUGCUAACAUGGCCGAGCAUCUCAAAUACCUGUCCUCGACUCUGGAGUUCCUGACGAAACAAAUUAGCGAGCACCCCGAAAUUUUGUCGUUGGGACAAGAUGUCGGGAACGUGAGUUUCCUACUGACUACGUUAGGCAAAUUCAAGCAAAAUCUCGGUCUCCUCACUCGGAGAUAUCGUGAGUUUGACCAGUUAUUGCGAAGCAAAGAAAAGACCCAUUCUUACCAACCUGCCUCCUUGAUAGUGCCUCUCGUGCCAACGAAGAGUUCAUGGAAAAGAACCAUUACUUUUAACGUUACUGUGAUCGCCGGGAUAGGCUUGCUUACAUUGUAUUUGUUCCGUCGAUUUCAUUGACACUUUCGUUCCCAAGAAUAAAAUGGUGAUACUCGUUUAACAAAG